AUGUUCGCCGCAACAUCCGGCAGCAUCCUCGCAUGGUCGCCCGCGCCGGCCCCACGAGAGAGCGAUAGGCACGAGCACUCACGUCAUACGCCAGGCGGAAGGAGCGUCGAAUGGAAAGCUCUCCAAGCGAGGGCGCUUCAGGCGCUAGAGGCCGCGGAGAUUAGGAAGGCCAAGGCUGCGGAGAAGCGCAAGAAAGCGGAAGCCGUGGCGAAGCGCAAAGCGGCGAGGGCCGCCGCGAAGCGCGAGAGAGCGGAAGCUGCAGCGAAGCGUAAAACGGCGAGGGCUGUUGUGAAAGCCAAAGCAGUUAAUGCAGCUGUGAAGGGCAAAAAGGCGAAGGCACCUGGAGUGCUGAACUGCGUCUUGCCGAAUCAGGUAACCCUGGGCUCGUGGUUAUCUGUGGGGCGUGAGGCAGUAGGGAUGUGGGGCGGUGGGGGCUCAGGCGGUGGGAGUGUGGGUCGGUGGGGGCGUGAAGUGCAGCGGGAGCGCGGGCACUCGUGUCCGCCGUUUGACAUGGUCAACAGCGCCGGCAUGAAGCUCGUCGUGCGAGGCUCGUCCCCCAAGAGGCAACAGUACUCGGGCACGUGCUUCAUAGUGGAGUUUGAGUCGCUGCUCAUCAAGAUGGGGCUGGGCCGCAACAACAUCGCCAAGCUCACCACCCGCGACGACAACCCGCAGUUCCCAGAGAAUCGCAGGUGUGCAGUCUUCCGGGUGGUGUGA